ACAAGAGUUUGCUUGGCUUAGAGCAGUAGAAACAGUUUCACCAGGCUUUAGACUUAGUUUAGAAUUGAUAUUAUGAGUUUGUUUAUACUUGCCAAAGCAAUUCAUAAUUCUGUCCACCAGCUUACUUGUCUCUGUCUAUUUCUCUCCAGUUAAUUAUGUCCGAUUCCAUGUACUUAACAUCCUUCGCGAUUCAAUUAUGUUUUCUUUAUGAACUUGAUUAGCUCCUUUCGCUUUGCUUAUUACUGAUUUUUGUGGUGUUGGCUCAAGUAUCAUUGAAAAGAUUAGAGAAAUCGAAGCCGAGAUGGCUUGCACCAGUCUGUUAAUCUUCUAAUAGGUUUUGAAUAUUAUGUUGCUGUGAGGUAAAUAAGGCUCAGUGCAUAAGUUACGUGAGUCAUUUGCAUUUGGGCUUUUGCUUUGUCUUCUUGACGACGACGGGCAGAUAUCUGGAAAGUCUAAAUAUACUACCUAGAAAUGGGGAACUGCUGUGGUGUAAGAAUUUAAGAGGUAAGAAGACAGAUAACGAGAGACAGUUUCUGCAGGCUUCUGUUGCCGACUCCGUAUCAUCUGGUCACCAACUUCCUUGACCUUCCAGCAUUGGGCAAGCAUAAGCCCCAUACAUGGUGUUACGACUUUAAGGAGACCUGUGACCCCUUUGUGAAGGGCCAUCCAUUCUCCUGAAUUUGCGGGUGCCUGAGGUAUUUUCUACGUACCACCUGUGUCGAUUUUGGGUUGCUGUGUGUGUGUGCAGUCUUCCCUUAAUUUGAUCUGGGUAUUAAUGGGUGUUUUCUGCCGUUCAAGAACAUGCUUACAUCAUCAGCCCAAGUUGUAUAGAAGCCUCGUUUUUUUUCGUGAAAACUUCCGUUGGGUUUACACGGCUUCCUCGGCUUUUUUGUUGGAAGACCAUGUGUUUGAUUGUAGUCCUGAUAGGGUUGAAGCUUAUGUAAUUGAUAUUAAUUUGAUUGAUGAGUUUAAUGUUCCAAAAAGUAGGUUUCUUAGGCAAAGAAAAAGCAAAUUAUUUCCCUUAGUUGGGAAAGUUUUGAAGUCUUUGAAUUGGGAGAUUACAAGGGAAAUGAGAUUCUUUAAAGCUGUGAAGAGAUACGGAUUUUCUCAUUCCUUUGAUGCUUAUAGAAUCAUUGUUCAUGCAUUUGCAUUGGCAGGGAUGGAAAUGGAAGUGCAUGCCUUGCUUAGAAAUAUUGUUUGCUAUUAUGAGGAGGCCAACAUGGAUAUGUAUGAGUUGUUUCCAGGUAUAUUGGAUUCACAUGAGCAUGUUUGGAGAUCACGGAUUGUAUUUAUUAUGCUUAUGAGGGUUUUUGCAUCUAAUUCAAGGCUUGAAAAUGCUGUGGAUGUUUUUGUUCAAAUUAAGAAAAUUGGGCUUGAACCAGAUAUCUUGGCCUGCAAUUUUCUGCUCAAGUGUUUGGUGGAUGCAAGUAGAGUAGAUAUUGUGACAAGUUUGUUUGAAGAGUUGAAGAACUCAGGGCCAUCACCUAAUGUUUACACAUACACAAUUAUGUUGAAUUUUUACUGUAAAAGACAUCGAGGGCAGGAUAUCAAUAUUGAGCAAGCAACUGAGAUUCUGAAAGACAUGGAGAGGAGUGGGGUAAAGCCAACUGUUGUAUCAUAUAGUACGUAUAUUCAGGGACUUUGUAGUGCAGGCUGUGUUGAACAUGCUUUGAAGUUUAUUCGGGAUUUGAAAUGUAGAAAUCAACCUCUCAAUGCUUAUUGUUAUAAUGCUAUUAUUCAAAGUUUCUGCCGAAAUGGUGAACUAUAUCAAGCUUUGAAGGUUUUGGAAGAAAUGAAGGACCACAAUAUAUCUCCAGAUGUUUAUAGCUACAGCAUUUUAGUUGAUGGAUUUUGCAAUGCAGGAGAUAUUAUGACAGGUCUCAAUUUGAUCGAGGAGAUGGAACACAAUAGUAUAAAGCCUUCCCUAGUUAGCUAUAGCUCUCUCCUUAAUGGUCUUUGUAAGAGUGGACUAGUGGACAAAGCACUUGAUAUGUUUCGUGAUCUUGGCUGUUUAGGAUAUGAGUAUGAUCAUAAAGUGUAUAACAUCAUAAUAAGUGGAUUUUGUCUUCAUGAUGAUAUGGAUUCUGCCAAGAAACUUUUAGAGGAGAUGAUCACCAAUAAUUUGGACCCUAAUGACUUCAGUUUUAUCCGAAUGAUUCACAAGUUCUGCAAACUGGGAGUCUUACAAAAAGCCUUGGAACUUUUAAGUACGAUGUUGAAGAUUGGCCUCUAUCCAAAUACCUAUACUUGCAACAUUAUUGUUGAUGAAUAUUGCAAAAAAGAUCAUUUUGAGAAGGCAUUGAAAUUUAUAGAUGCAAUGCAAUGCUGUGGCACUAUUCCCAACUCGUACACAUAUAGCAAAAUCAUAAAUAGGCUUUGCAAGGCCAAAAAACUAGGAAACGCAUUGGGACUUCUUCCUAAAAUGUUUAAGAAGAAUAUUUUACCUGAAAUUGUUCAUUAUGCUACCAUUGUAGAUGGAUAUGCUAAACAGUCAAACCCGAAGAAAGCUUUUAGGUUGUACUCAAGAAUGCUGAAAGCUGGGAUAGAACCCGACAAAGUCACUUAUACAAUUCUUAUCAACAUGUUCUGCCAUUUGAGCAAAAUGGAUAAAGCAUAUGGUCUCUUUAAGGAAAUGAUUGAAAAAGGUUUGAUUCCAGAUACAAUUUGUUACACAUCUGUUAUUGCUGGUUUUUGUAGAAUUGGAGAUAUGAACAAGGCUUGGGCUCUGUAUAAUGAUAUGUUACACAAAGGUUGUUUGCCUAGUGUUGUUACCUAUACCUGUCUAAUUGAUGGUUACUGCAAGUUACGAAGAAUGGAUGUGGCAUCUUUGUUAUUAGAUAAAAUGAAAAAAAACAAUAUCACUCCUGAUGUGGUGACUUAUAAUGUUCUCAUUGCUAGUUACCAAAGUCUUGGGCAGUUUGAGGAAGCCUAUAAGGUUUUUGAAGAGAUGAAGAAGAAUGGUAUUUUUCCAGAUGACAUUACCUAUAAGACACUAAGGCUUAAUACUAAUGUGGUCACUGAAGCUUGAAAGCAACUAGAAGAAAACAUAUGAAAAGAUGUGAUGCUAUCUCAACUCCUGUCCCAAGUUGAAGAUAACAAGAAGGUGCAGCAGGGGAAGUUAACAUCUUCAUGAUUAUUCAGGGAGGUUCAGAGUAUCCAUAGCUGGAGCAAAAAUUUUGGGCUUCCAGUUAUGAAGUAUGAGUUAAGAAUGUAACUCUGUCCUAGACAUUGGUUAGGUAAAUUUUGAACAAAUGAUUUUUAAUUUGUUUAAAAAAACUGACAAGUAGGGUAAUCUAUCUUUUGAAUUUUUCCUGAUUUAACUCUUGUUGCUUUAGUAGUGCAUCGGCUAAAACUUGAAUAUUGCAUGAACAAACAGAACAUAAAUUCUACUAAAGUUUGGUGUCAAUGGGUAUUUGAGGCUAUGUUUCUUAUGAAAAAAUAAAAAGAGGACUAUAGAGGUGGCUUGCCUGUUGGUUUUUCUGUGUUAUACUCUUUUACCUAUGCAGACUAAACCAUCAUAUAGGAUGUAAACAGCUUUGUUUUGUUAUAAAUUGUUUAAAAAUUUGGCUUCAAAGUAGUAAGAAAAUGAAUUCUGGAGCUACAAGAUUGUUGACGUAUACAGUACUUUGUCAUUGUAUAAUGCUCACACCAGACACGUUUAUUGCUUCUGUUUUUACUAAUUCUUAGUCCUGAUGCUGGAGUAAACUGGAGGUUUUUUCAUGAGUUCAAAUUGUGGCAGGUUAGCAUUUGUUCAGAAAAAAGCAACUUUUGGUUCAGUUCUUUGACAUCUUGCUUGGGCAUGUUAAAAGCUCAAAUUCUCUCUCCCAAAAAAAAUUUAAAAAAGAAACUUAUACGUGUGCCUGUACACUACUCACAUAUGUAUUGCGUAUACCAGUGAAUUUAAUUCUUUACUGUUGUAUUGUGCAACUUUUCAGUAUCGAUAAAAAAAUCUGAUGUAAACCAGGUUUGACCACCUACCUGUAUUCUGCAGAGUCCAUUUAUACUUUUUGCUGUUUGUUUGAGUUCUACAUCUUCAGAGUUUGAUUACUUUGAUAUAUUUUCGUAUGUACUUCCAUGACACUAGGCAUACACUGCUUAUUCUAGGGUGGGUAUUAAUCCUCAUAUUUAGUUGUGGAAACUUGUAAAAGUGUUCUACAUGGAAUAGCUGCUCAAUACUUUUUUUUCCUUUUUGGUGAGUUUUCGUAAGAAUAUCCCUGUGAAGUACCUCAUAAAGACGGUUUUAUAUUGGUCCAUUAAAUGUCAUUUUUCCGCAAUUCUUAGUUUACCUCAAAAUCCAUUAUUUAUCGGAAAAAAAAAGAAAAGAAAUAUGUAGAUAGUUUUGAUAAAUUGUUCAAUCAAUUAUCUGAAUUUUUAUUUUUAUUUAUGCUUCCAAUAAUUUUAUUUGUGCUUCUUGUGUUAUCAUUACAGAAUUCUUAGACAUCACAUAAUCCACUGUGCCAUGCCAUUUUUUUAUUAAGCAAGCUCUCUGGCUGCGGGUCUUAAUUGUGUGUUUCUUUAUAAAACCUUGCACUUAACCAUAAACUAUUACUAGUUUGUCGCCUUUCUAGUUUUUUGUCAUUAGCAUCAGGUGUACGUGUGCCAAUUUAUUAAAGUAACCAAAACCAUAGCUCCAAUUUAUUUGUUUGUUGGGUUUCUAUUCAUACACCUCCCAUGUGAGCUAGCCAAAUAAUAUUUGUGACAAUAUAUAGUGUGUUUAUAGCAAUUUGGUGAAUUUCAGGAAGGGUUUCCUAAAAUUGUCAAUUGACAAGGUCUGACUGUAUUUAAGCAUAUCUUAGGGGACACCAAUAAUUUUCUUUUUUCCUUUUGAAGUGAUAAUCUUAAAACUGUUAUGGGUUGCUGUAUUAUUCCCGGCCAGCGUACUGCUUUCAAGCAUCUCUCUUAAUGUUUUUGCUUAUAGCUAAAUGAAUAGACAUUUUUUGUCUCAUGCUUAUUUUUUGUUUCUGUCUCAUUUACAAAUUUUAGAAUUACAAACCCACAGGUACAAAUCUUCCGCAAAGUAGAAAAGGAAAAAGGUUACUCUAGAGAAGCUGUUAUGGCACAUGUAUUUCAACAGCAUGUAAUGAUUAUACAAGAUUUAGACAUGCUCAUCAGCCUGUGAAGGAGCAAUUAACACAAUCACUUAAAGACAGGAAGAGCAAUUAGUUCACAAAUUUUAAGGAAAAAGUCUUGUAGGAAAAUCAUAUCAAUCAUUUACAGUGUCUACAUCUUCCUCAGGCUUCACAAAGAACUCAAUGAAAGCAAUUCGACCAGGUUGUUGAUAUCCUGCAUAAUCAAUGUGCGGGUAUGGAGCAGAGGAUCUAGCCACAGAAACCAAGUGCUGGACUUUUAACAUUCCACCUCUCCCAAUAAUCAACUUCCUCUGUUAUCUUUAGUAGCACUGCUGGGUAUAUUUGAAGUUGUCGCGUGGAGAAACUUGUUCUUGAACCUGUAGGAGUCAAGGCAAGAAGCAUCAAGGUCUGGUUGUAUUACACGUCAAGAAUCUGUAAGAGACUUCAUGGUCACAGUUAAAUGCUAUCAAAAGAUCAGUGUUUCCAUAAUCCAUCAAGGCUAUCUGCAUACAAUAUGAGAACUGUUUCUUCUGAAAACAGUUAAUUGCUGGUAACAGAUGCAGUCUAAGAAGUUGAAAUUAAAUGAUACCUGCAAGUCUCCAUGACCUUCUCCUUUGAAGGAAAUGGAAGGGGGAUCUGGUCGCAGUUUGAUCUGAAUGCUUGAUCCUGGCCACUCAAGGUCAUCAAUAGCUUCCUUCAGUGCUGCAGACUCCAGUGUAAAAACACAAAAGGUAGUCCAUCUCUCAGAAUGGUAAUCCAAGAACUGGGUAGCUGCUUCUUCGGCUUCUGUCGGGUGGAAUUCUGAAUUUUUUUGGAUUUGAAAACUAGGGCUGCAGUUCAACUUUCUUCCCUACAUUCCAACUUGACAAAGUCUCUUCACCUUAAAAAAUAGUAUUUUGAAUAUAGUUGUGAAGAGGGGUGGAAGGAUCCUGGGAAGUCUUUGGCCUCCCGAACCCUUCUUAUGCAGUUUUGUGAAAGUAUUCCUUGACGCUAAAACUGAGAGGUGUGCUACCUGCAGGUUCAAAAUUGUAAUCCCAUGAAAUCAUAUCUUGUAUUCUUCUCCUGCUUUCUGUGGGGAGCUGCUAGCAUCUGGUGAAUAAACAGAUCUGUGAACUGUACUAUAUGAUUGCGUCUGUCGCGACAAGCUCAUUAUUUUUCCCAUUCCUUCCAAAUUUCCUCCACGAUAAAAACAUAUAAAGUAGUUUUCUUUCUCUUCUCAUGCAUAAUGGCCAAUGAAGUAAUUUCAAAAACAUAUUUUACUAAAUUAUGUGACGAACUCCCUUCAUUUGUUUGUAUGUUUAGUGUUCUUCUUUAUUGAAUUUGUAUUGAAACUUCAAAUUGUCUAAUAAUUGUAAUAAUAUAACUCUAUUUAUGGGAAGAAUUGCUAUUGUUAAUA